AUGAGUGAAAAUAAAACAACACUCAUGCGUACAGUAUUAAAUGAAAAACAAUUACUAACAUUACGUACAUGUUAUGAUGUAAAUCCUCGACCAGAUGCUAUUAUGAGAGAACAACUUGCUGAAAUGACACGAUUAUCAUCACGUGUUAUACAUACUUGGUUUCAAAAUAAGCAAUGUAAAGAUAAAAAGAAAAGUGCAUUAGCAAAACAAAUUCAAGAAGAACAAAAAGUUCUUACAAGUCUUAAUCAUAGUAUACCAUUAGGUGCAUCAUCACAUAUACCAGAUGAUAUGAAUAUUGGCUUACCACCGCCAUCACAUAUACCAGAUGAUAUGAAUAGUAUGAGUAAAAAUAAAACAACACUUAUGCGUACAGUAUUAAAUGAAAAACAAUUACUAAUGUUACGUACAUGUUAUGGUGUAAAUCCUCGACCAGAUGCUCUUUUGAAAGAACAACUUGCUGAAAUGACACAAUUAUCAUCACGUGUUAUACAUGUUUGGUUUCAAAAUAAGCAAUGUAAAGAUAAAAAGAAAAAUGCAUUAGCAAAACAAAUUCAAGAAGAACAAAAAGUUCUUACAAGUCUUAAUCAUAGUAUACCAUUAGGUGCAUCAUCACAUAUACCAAAUGAUAUGAAUAUUGACUUACCAUCACCAUCACUUGAUGAAGUACAAUAUCAUUCAGAUGAUCCACGGAAAACGGAUAAUGAAACAUAUCCAUCAUUUUCAAAUGAUUAUCAUCAUUCACAACAACAACAGCAAACUUUUCAUGAUAAUGUUUUAAAUGGUCUUGCUUUAGAAGAUGAUAGCAAUUGUUUUGAUACAUCAGAAUUUAAUGAAGAACAUAGUGACACUAUUUGUGAUGGAAGUGCAAUCGAUCAAUUAACUCUCUGA